AUGGAGGCCAGAGUCUCUUCCUCCCUCGGCCUCCCUUCUCCGAAGCCCCACGAAAUCUCAAUCUCCACAACCCUCUCUGACUUCCCCUCGCUUCUCACCCACUUCCCCCCCUUCGCCUCCACCACCUCCGCCAAAUGGCCCCGGCCCAGCCCAAAACCCCAGGCCCUCAAAACCCUCCCCCUCCUCGACCGCGCCCUCAUCGGCGCUGCCGCAGGCGGCCUCGCCGGCGCCUUCACCUACGUCUGCCUCCUUCCCCUCGAUACCAUCAAAACCAAGAUGCAGACCAAAGGCGCCGCGCAAAUUUACAAAAAUGCCCUCGACGCAGUCGUUAAAACUUUCCAGUCCAGCGGCCUCCUCGGCUUCUACAGCGGCGUCUCCGCCGUCAUUGUCGGCUCCACCGCCUCCUCCGCCGUCUACUUCGGCACCUGUGAGUUCGGAAAAUCGUUCCUCGCUAAGCUCGAAAACUUCCCUGCCGUCUUGAUCCCUCCCGCCGCUGGCGCCAUGGGGAAUGUCGUGUCAUCGGCGAUCAUGGUCCCCAAGGAGCUCAUCACGCAGCGAAUGCAAGCCGGCGCAAAGGGACGUUCCUGGCAAGUCCUCGUCGAAAUUCUCCAAAACGACGGCGUUAUGGGCCUCUACGCUGGGUACUCCGCAACGUUGCUCCGAAACCUACCGGCGGGAGUUCUGAGUUAUUCCUCCUUCGAGUAUCUAAAAGCUGCGGUACUGCAGAAAACGGAGAAGAACCACUUGGAACCAGUUCAGAGUGUUCUGUGCGGGGCCCUCGCGGGGGCGAUUUCGGCGUCUCUUACGACGCCGUUGGACGUGGUGAAGACUCGGUUGAUGACGCAGGUGCGCGGCGAGGGGGUGGGUAAGGUUGCGGCGGUUAUGUACGACGGCGUUUCGGAGACUGUGAAGCAGAUUUUGAAGGAGGAAGGGUGGGUGGGGCUGACACGUGGCAUGGGGCCUAGGGUGCUUCACAGUGCGUGCUUUUCAGCGUUGGGGUACUUCGCUUUUGAGACGGCGAGGCUUGGAAUUUUGCAGGAGUAUCUUAGGAGGAAGGAGUUGAGUGAAAGGGAAACUCAAGUUUCUGUUUCCACUGCCUGA